AUGCUCCCUGUAUGUGGCUUCUCCAGGCUUUACUCCCGCCAACAUCAGCGUUAUGAACAGCAGCAGCAGCAGCAGCAGCAGCAGCAACGGCAGCAGCGUGCGGCUAAUGGCCCUCAGGAGCCUGAGAAGCCUGCUUGGUUGAGCAUUCACAACAGCCAAAAUGUGGGGUCUGUAUUGGUGGCAGUGGUUCCUUACAUAGACGCAAACAUUUUGCGCAUUUACUGCAGCAGUGGACUCUGCGGGGCUCUCCCGAACGUUUCGCAGCUGCAGCAGCUCUUUGGAAAUCUAGAAGAUGUAAUAGAAGAGAGCAACUCCUCAUCGAGCGUCUUGAGUGUUGCAGCAAGGAAGAAGAUACACACGAGAACUCCGCGCAUGGCGGCUUCUGCAAGAUGCGGGAUUGUGGAGAAACUUUUUACUGCGUCUUCAACUGCUACAGAACAUAAGGUUGUAGGAGAUGGCAUCGGUCUAAGUAGAUACUUGCUGAAUCGUAGGAUGAUGUGGACUCGAGGCUUCCCGGGCUACGAACAGGGAACAGAACUGGUUAUACCACCCAAUUAUAUCACUUUGGAGGAUCCUUCGCCCAGGAAAGAAACUAUUGAGCCGGCGGUUAGCUUGAUGUUUGGCCUUGACUGUGAAAUGGUGCAAACUACAGAGGGGAAGGAGGUGGGUCGCGUAUGCAUCGUGGGCAGCGAUUGCAGUGUCUUAAUAGAUAUGCUCGUUCGACCGAAGAACCCCGUAUCGGACUACCUGACUGAAUUUUCUGGACUGACUAAAGAAAUUCUUGACAAGGCGACUUUUAGCCUAGACAAUUUGCACAGCAAGUUACGGAAAGUGCUGCCACCGGGAGCCAUACUGGUCGGCCACUCCUUAGAGCAUGACCUGCAUGCUCUUCAUCUCGUCCACUCCCGUUGUAUAGAUACAUCGGUGCUGUAUCCGCACCCGCGGAGGGGAAGGUGCCACUCCUUGAAAUGGCUCGCGCAGCAGUACUUGAAGAAAACCCUUGAAAGGGCUGGCGGUCACAACCCUUGCGAAGAUGCUCAGAUGGCAAUGUUGCUUGCACUGAAAAAAAUUCGAAACGGGCCUGACUUCGCAUCCCCCAUGAUGCAGCUAGCGCCUUUGGGGAAGUGUAUGCAAGCUCUCCAAAGGUUGCCCCAACAAAAUGACGGAGCAGAAGAGAAAGCCCUAUAUCACGGAAUGACAGAGAGGAAAAUGGCCGAGAUAUCACGCAGUGAACAGCAGACCACAGAAUGCUUGUUUUUGGCGGACUCGAUUGAGCAUACUUGCUCAUUUGCACUUGAGGGCGUAUCCGUCAAGGAUGGGCUGCGAGACGACUCUGAGGUGGUGCGGGCUUGCAAGAGGCUGCUUAGACAUCGUGGCACGUGCAACACUCCUCAGGCGGUCUCUCCUACUCGAGCUGAUGCAUCUACUGUUUCAACUGAGACAGACUCGCCGCGAACAGAAAUGAGCAGUUCCAGAAGGCCGCUUUGGGGUGUAUGCGUGCUGCGGGGGUACCAGCGUUUUUGUUGUCGCACACUGCACGCCCCUGAGGAUAAUAUUUAUGCCUUUAGCCAUCGGGCGCAGAUGUUGCUGGCCGCUGAGGCGCGGCUGCUGAGACAGGCGCAAGAGAGAGAAGCAGAAAGGAUGGAAGCCUGCAGCAGGUCCGAUACCAGUACUGAAACACCAAACCAUACUUCAGACAAUGUUACAGAUGACAAAAAUGAGACAGAUGACAGCGAUGACAUAUGUGAUCUUUCUCUGGAUGACCCAGCCAUCGCCAACUGCUUAGCUGCAGGUGCUGCGGGUCUGAAAAGCCAAGUUGAGGUGCUUUUCCCCCGAGUAUGUGUCGAGGAGGCUUUGAAAGUGGUGGCAGUGAUUGACCGUCUCCUUGUGGAGCUAUUAGCAGCCCUGCAACCACAGGACCUUCUCAUUGUUGUGUCGCCUUGCGGCGACGCUCACCGAUAUUUUAGUUUGAUGGCGUUGAAGUCAGCACUUGAACGCAGCGGAAGGGGCUCGAAGAAAUGCCGCUUCAACGCUUCCACUUCUCUUCUAACGCACUUUGAACAGCAGCAUCAAAACCAACGACACAAAGAGCAACAACAGUUGCCCUUUACUCCUCUAAAGUGGUCAUUAGCACUGGAGACAGAACUCGAAAGGGCGAAAGCUGCUUUUGAAGGGCCCGGAAAGGGCGGGUGGUGCUCUUUCGUAGUCCGACCGCGUGACAAAUCUGUCUAG